CAUCGAAUGAAUAUAUAUUUUUAUUAAGAUUUUAAUAGAGAGGUAUUCUAAAUAAUUACCCAGAUGAUUUCUAUUGUAAUCAGAUUGUAUAAUGAAUAUUGCAAGAGGAAUGGGGCUAACCUUUAAUAGAAUAAAUCACUUAAAGGAAUGCUUAUUCUCUCCUAAACAUUUAUUGUACACAAAUAUAGGGAUAUCGAUUUCGCUUUCUGGCAUAGGGGAUGUUUUAGAACAACAUUAUGAGAUAUUAAAGGGCAAAUGGGAUAAAUGGAGUUUUACCAGAACGAGAAAUAUGUCUGUUUCUGGCGUGUCUAUUGGGAUAGUUUGUCAUUACUGGUAUAAUUUUUUAGACACUAGAAUGGCUGGACGUACUAUUGGUAUAGUGUUAAAAAAAGUUUAAUACAGGGAAUCUGGGUAACAGUACAAGUACUCCAUGCGAAUCUGCUGCCAACCAUAUAUGGCCUUGCGCA